UGUACUAGGCACAUUUAUUUGUAUUUUUCAUUUCAUGUCAUUUUAUGCAAUACUACUAUCUACUCGCUUGUAAUGUCGGCGAUAAAGCUCUUAGCGUUGUAACAGCGACGGCGCUACAUGUUUGCUUACGUAGCUAAAUGCUUGGUAAAGUAGCCCAAGCAGGAGAGAACAACGAGACUGAAAGAAUUGAUGCUGGACCAUAAGAGCACAUCUAGGAUACUUCUCGCCUGCCACACCUCUUCAUCUUAACGCUACACCCAUCACUCGGAUACAAUUUUACCAAAUACUUCCACUUAUUUAUUGGUUUUAUUUUAUUUUUUUAAUAAGGUAAUGGACCUGGAGAAGACUUAAAGUGGAUGUUGUUGUCAAGUGACGUGUUGCCAAAAGCUUAAGAGUGGACUUUGCCAACUUUUUUUUUUCCUUCGGAGGCCACAUCAAGUCAAGAAGAAGGGAAAUUAUAACUUGGAGGCAAAAUGGAUCAAGCCAGCGGUGGGGACGACCCCAAUAAGCCCUCUAAAAAGAGGUCCAGUGAGGAUGAAGGCAAAAAUAAAAAACUGAACAUACACAUAAAAACAUUGGCCGAUGACAUGCGUGAUCGUAUUACCAGUUUCCGAAAAACGGGCAUGAAGAAGGAGAAGCCCCUCAUACAGCACCCAACGGACCCCCUGCCCACCCAGGCCGAGCUUCCGCUCCCUCAGCCGCUUUUUGACGAGCGCUCCAUGAACCUCUCGGAAAAGGAGAUUAUUGACCUCUUUGAGAAGAUGAUGGAGGACAUGAAUCUGAAUGAAGAGCGAAAGGCCCCACUUCGUGGAAAGGAUUUAAGCACCAAACGGGAAAUGGUGGUCCGGUACAUCUCAGCCACUGCCAAAUCUAUAACUGGGAGCAAAGUUGCGGGAGGACUGAGGAACAGCAAGCAUGAAUGUACGCUUUCGUCCCAGGAGUACGUCCAUGAGCUUCGUUCAGGUAUCACUGAAGAAAAGCUGCUCAAUUGCCUGGAGUCACUCCGGGUGUCUCUCACCAGUAACCCUGUCAGUUGGGUUAAUAACUUCGGUCAUGAGGGUCUUGGACUUCUUCUGGAUGCGCUGGAGAAACUCUUGGAUAAGAAACAGCAAGAGAAUAUUGAUAAACGGAAUCAGCAUAAGCUUAUACAAUGCUUGAAGGCUUUCAUGAACAACAAGUAUGGGCUGCAAAGGAUCCUGGGAGACGAGCGCAGCCUGUUGUUACUGGCGCGAUCCAUUGACCCCAAACAGGCUGGCAUGAUGACGGAGACUGUCAAAAUCCUCUCAGCCUUCUGCAUCAUCGGAGAGGAGAACAUCCUGGAUAAGAUUCUGGCUGCCAUGACAAUUGCUGCAGAGCGGAAUAAUAAAGAGAGAUUUGCUCCAAUUGUGGAAGGACUGGAGAACCACGAUGCCCAACAGCUCCAGGUUGCUUGCAUGCAGCUGAUCAACGCCCUGGUUACCUCUCCAGAUGACUUGGACUUCCGGAUACAUCUUCGAAAUGAGUUCCUAAGAUGUGGCCUCAAAAAGAUCCUGCCUGAGCUAAAAGAGACAGAGGAGUUGGACAUCCAGCUCAAGGUGUUCAACGAGAACAAGGAGGAAGACUUCAUCGAGCUGACCCACCGCCUGGACGACAUCCGAGCUGAGAUGGAUGAUAUGAAUGAGGUGUAUCAUCUCUUGUCCAACAUGGUAAAAGACACAGGGUCCGAGACCUAUUUCCUGUCCAUUCUGCAGCACCUGCUGCUCAUCAGGAAUGACUACUACAUCAGGCCUCAGUACUACAAGGUGAUUGAGGAAUGCGUGUCACAGGUGGUCCUGCAUCGAAGCGGGAUGGACCCCGACUUCGGCUACAGAAGACUGGAUGUGGACUUCACCCAUCUAAUUGAGCAGUGUGUGGACAAAGCCAAAGUUGAAGAGAGCGAGCAGAAAGCUGCCGAGUACUCCAAAAAGUUUGACGAGGAGUUCAGCGCACGGCAGGAGGCCCAGGCCGAGUCUCAAAAGAAGGAGGAGAGAAUCAAAGAGCUGGAGGGGAAGAUCCAGGCCCUGGAGUCUCAGUUAACUAUUGAAAGUGACAAGCUCAAAGAGGCUCAGAGACUCAUCAGGGAAUCUGAAGCCAAGAUUGCAGCUGGUCCAGCUGUGCCCGGAGCGCCACCUCCGCCGCCGCAACCCGGAGGUGCAGCAGCACCGCCUCCCCCGCCUCCUCCUCCUCCUCCCCCGGGUGGCUGUCCACCACCACCACCGCCGCCGCCACCUCUCCCGGGCCAUAUCAGCGGUCCACCACCACCACCGCCUCCCCCGGGUGGUGGACCUCCACCUCCACCGCCACCACCCGGAUGUGGGCCCCCACCUCCUCCGCCUUUCUUCGGAGGCCCGGGGGCUCCUCCACCACCUCCGUCUUUGCCCGUCCUCAAACUGCCGUAUGGACUUGAGCCGAAGAAGGUGUACAAGCCUGAGACGGUGAUGAAGAGGGUCAACUGGAACAAGAUAGUGCCCCAGGAAAUGGCGGAGAAUUGCAUCUGGAUCAAAGUGAAAGAAGAGAAGUUUGAAAAUCCCGACCUCUUUGCUCAGCUCUCCCAUUGCUUCUCGUCGCAGAGCAAAGUGAGAAAGGAUAUGAAAGAUGACAUCGACGACAGAAUGACACAGUUUAAGAAAAAAGCCAAAGAACUUCGCAUUUUGGAUGCCAAGACGGCGCAGAAUCUGUCAAUUUUUUUGGGCUCCUUCCGCCUGCCUUAUGAAGAGAUCCGAGACAUCGUGCUGCAGGUGGACGAGGAACGACUGAGCGAGUCACUCAUCCAGAACCUGAUAAAGAACCUGCCGGAGCAGAACGAGCUGUCGUCGCUCGCUGAACUGAAGAGUGAAUAUGAAGAGCUGGUGGAGUCGGAGCAGUUUGGGAUUGUAAUGAGUUCGGUCAAGCUCCUCCGGCCACGUCUCAACGGCAUCCUGUUCAAGCUGACCUUUGAGGAGCAGGUGAACAACAUCCGUCCCGACAUCAUGAACGUCACGUUCGCCUGCGAGGAGGUGAAGAAGAGCGAAGGAUUCAGGAAGCUGCUGGAGUUGGUGCUGCUGGUCGGCAACUACAUGAACGCCGGCUCCAGGAAUGCCCAGACGUUCGGCUUCAACGUCAGCUUCCUCUGCAAGCUGCGAGACACCAAAUCAAUAACUCAAAACACGACGCUGCUUCACUUUCUGGCGGAGAAGUGUGACGAGGCAUACCCAGAGAUUUUGAGGUUUCCAGAUGAACUGGACCACGUGGAGAGUGCCAGCAAAGUGUCUGCUGAGAUCCUCAAAAGCAGUCUGACCACCAUGGAGCGUCACAUUGUGCGGCUGGAGAAUGACAUUGAGAACUUCCCCAAAACUGACGACGUGCAAGAUAAGUUUGUGGAAAAAAUGUCCGGCUUCUGCAAGCAUGCGCGGGAGCAGUACGAGAAGCUGUCCAUCAUGCACAAGAACAUGCAGAAGCUCUACGAGAACACAGGCAGCUACUUCGCCUUCGACCCGCAAGCCGUCAGCGUGGAGGACUUCUUCGGGGAGCUGUCCAACUUCCGUAUCCUGUUUAUGGAAGCUAUGAAGGAGAACCACAAGAAGAGGGAGAUGGAGGAGAAGAUCAAGAGAGCCAGGCUGGCGAAGGAAAAAGCCGAGCGCGAGAAGCAGGAGCGUCAGCAGAAGAAGAAGCAGCUGAUUGACAUGAACAAAGAGGGAGAUGAAACUGGAGUUAUGGACAGCCUCAUGGAAGCUCUACAGUCCGGAGCAGCCUUCCGCGAUCGUCGAAAACGGACGCCACGAAACGGUGAUCAAAGUCCUUCCAGUCCAGCCUCGCGGUGGCCGGCUGCUAACUAUGGUUACAGAACCUUAGAUAACCGCCGUGCAGUUCUGGAACGAUCCCGCUCUCGCCACAACACCAACCACCAAGCUCGAUGAUGUGGCCAAAGAGGACCUGGAGGACGGCAUCCUGUCACUGUGUCCCAUACUCAUGCAAACACAUGCAGGCAGCAAGCACAUCAUGCCUUACACGUGGACUCUCCAUAUUGUCAUUCAAGGUCAUUCAAGGGAAGCAAACAUAAGGCCGCCAUAACGGUGCUACGCUGCUUAUGACAAAUACUUGUCCACCACGGACAAACAUUAUCAUCAUGUAGUCAUUCACUCAGCAGGACUCACGUUGGCACGCAAACGAAGAUGGAGCGACGUAAACGUAAGCGCUAAUACUUCAGAGCAUGUGACUCACACCUCCAUUUUCUACAGGAUGGGCUUCAUUUAUUACGCACCUCCGUGUUGACAGGAUGUAUUUUAUUUUUACAUACCUCCAUUUUUUGACAAGAUGCAUUUUAUUUUUUCACGCACCUCCAUUUUGUUGAAAUGCAUUUCGUUUUUUCCGUACCUGUACUUUGUCAGGAUGCAUUUAUUCGUCACGCGCAUCCAUUUCCGACAUGAUGCAUUUUGUUCUUCACACAACUCCAUUUUGACAGGAUGCAUUUUAUUUUUACAUAAAAGAUGCAUUUAGUUUUUUUUACGCACCUCCAUUGAGUUGGGAUGCAUUUUAAUUCUCCCGUACCUGUAUUUUGUCAGGAUUCAUUUUAUUCGUCACACACCUCCAUUUUCGGACAUUAUGCAUUUUAUUCUUUACGCACGUCAUAUUUUUGACAUGAUGCAUUUUAUUUUUUUUCCACACCUCCAUUUCGACAAGAUGCAUUUUAUUUUUUGACCUCGUAUUUUUGACGGGAUGCAUUUUAGUCUUCAUGCACCAUCAUUUUUGACAGGAUGCAUUUUGUUUUUUUACGCAUCCCCAUUUCACCAGGAUGGCUUUUUUUUUAUGCCCCUCCAUUUUUGACAGGAUGCAUUUUGGUCUUUAUGCCCCCUUCAUUUUCAACAGAAUGUAUUUUAUUUUUAAUGCACCUCCCUUUGGACAAGAUCCACUGAUUCUAUACACACCUCCCUUUUUGACAGGAUGCGUUUUGUUUUUUUACGCAUCUCCAUUUCGCCAGGAUGCUUUUUUUAAUGCAACCCCAUGUUCGACAGGAUGCAUUUUGUUCGUUAUGCCACCUCCAUUUUCGACAGAAUGCAUUUUGUUCGUUAUGCCACCUUCAUUUUUGACCGGAUGCAUUUUCAUUUUUGCACACCUCCAUUUUCGACAGGAUGCACUUUGUUCUUUACGACCGGCUGCAUAUUAUUUUUAAUGCACCUCCCUUUCGACAAGAUUCAUUUUUUAUAUACACAACUCCCUUUUCGUCAGGAUGCAUAGGUUUUUUUACGCUCCUCCGUGAUUGACAGGAUGUUUUGUUUUUUACUCACCUAUUUCGGGAAACCCACAUUAGAUCAAAACCAACAUUUAGGCCUUUUUCGAAGUACAUUCAAACAAAAGCUGAUUAAUUAAUCAGAAGAGAUUCCAUCCGCUGUAGCCUGUAAGCGUCCUCAUAUCGCUGAACAAAAUGCAUCAUGUUUUUCGGCGAUGGUGAGCCACAGGGCAUAUUUUAUGCAUCAAUUUGAAAACAAGGCGAGAGUUUAAAAAAGAAAAUAAAGCCACUGAGAUCACAGCAAAUUAGAGCCAGCGCUCCCUGGUGGGAUGCUCGUCGCAGCUGCUUCUCAGUAGCGUCUCCCAACUAAUGAAGUUUUAAACAUUCAACAAACAGAAUGCGCCUCGUGCUUGUUGGUGUUUAAGAUAAUAGAGCUCAUAGCUUGGUGACCGCACUUUUAGGGAACAGAGCCUCGGCUGCAUAUUCAUGUAUUCAUGCCUCGGGUGCCCCCGGUCUAUUCGACCGCUCACUCGCUCGCUGCCCUCAACUGGAAGCAGAUGCUGCAAACAACGAGCAACGAGUCCACGGCCAGAGUCAAGAUGCUGCUUGUCUUAGCCAGUCAGCGUCCAAACACCAGCACACAACACAAACGGCAUUCUUUAGGAUUCAAUAGGAUGCGCCAUUGGAAUAAUGUCUUUCUGAGAUUUUCCUGACUAAAACUGCAAUCAUUUGAGCUGAAGGUGGAGCCAUGAUGCUUGGAGGUGGUUGACAACAAUUGCACACCCUAUGAUUGUACAAAAUGAGCUCCUUGAAGAUUCUGCGGAAAAUGGGUGUCAUCUGUUUUUUGUUUAAGUGGGUUUUUCCUUUUCUUUACUGUAGUGUCUGAUUUAGAAAAAAACACCUGUCAUAACUAUUAGGGCCACAAUGAAUAGAGAUAACCCAAAAAAACAAUAACAAAAAAGUCAUAGUAAAUCUAUAACAGUAAUGUUAUUUUGCUGAAGAAGUGUUUCAGGAAAACAGUGGUCAUUUUAAAAGAAUAUUGUUGAAAAUGUACAUGAAACAUAAUGCAUUAGGCUCCUAAUAUUGAAAAUUUAUAGCAAGUAAACAUUUUUUAUGUGAUAUUAUGAACACUUUCUCUCAUUGGUUUUUUCUCUUGAUAUUACAACUUUACGACUUUUUUUGGUAAUAUUUUGAAUUUACGCUUUUUGCGUGACAUUGUGGCUUUUGUGUUGUAGAAACGACGCAAAAGCAUUUUUCCUCCCAGAGAACAAUUUUUUGGACGUUUUUUUUCUCGUCACAUUGCGACUUUUUUCUUGUGACAUCACGACACUAUUGCAACUUUUUUCUCGUAGCUUUGUUUGUCUUGAAAAAUGACAAUUUUAUUUUUGUAAUAUUGCUACAUUGCUGCAUACAUCGUGGCACUGCAACAGUUUGGCUGUUUUUCUGUUAAUAUUAGGAUUCAGUCUAAAAAAACAUAUGUGGUAACAUUUAAAUUAUUUAUUUGUAUUUUUUUUCUGAUAAUAUUAAGAUUUAUUUUCAACUUCUUGGUGUCUUGUAACAUUACAUUACAAAUUACUACUCUCAAAAUUUUUCUCAUAAAAUUACCAAUUUUUUCUUGUAACUUUGUGAUAUUUUCCUGUAAAAUUAUGUUAUUAUUUUCUUUUAUUCCAGUCAUUCCAGUUUUGUCUUUUCAGUGUGGCCCUAAUACGGUUUACAUAUUUUCCCCAGCUUUUUAUAUUUUUUUGUUUAUUUUCUUUUAACUCCAUACUGCAAACUUAGGAUGUCAUAGUUAUUAUUUCUGGUUAAUUUGACUGGACUUUGCCCAUUUGCAUUUGAACAGUUGUCUUUCUGAAUGUGCCAACUUUUAAUUUAACAAAUAUGAGACCACCUUUAACAAAAAAAAAAAAAAAAGUAAAAAAAAAUCUUUUAUUUUUAAAGCUUAUGUUGAUAUUUUAAAAAGGGAGCGUGGCUCUCUUUGGGUUUGACAAAUAAUGUAUAUACAAUGUUAGGGCUUGUUUUGUAUUUUAUCCAUUGGAUGGAAUUAGAUACAUAAGGUUCGUUGUGGAGUUAGGAAUGUUUAUGUGAGGACAACGGGGAGUUAGGUGGUCUUUCUUAUGCUCUAAAAAAAGUUCUUGUGUAAAAAACUUGUGGUUGUCGCUGCUGCAUUUGGUGUGACGAGUAGAAUCAGCAUUCAAACCAUCGCUCAUCUUCCCGAAGUGUUUGUAUUCCCUUCCCAAAUUGUCUUUUAGCAUCUUGUGUUUUCUUACUGAAGAUAGCAAAACUUGUCUCAUUAUUUAUGUGUGCUGUGUUCAAGGGCCGCCAUCUUUUAGCUUCAGAGACAGGAGUGUGAAGCCUCCAAAAGGUGUUAAAAAAGGUGCCAUUACAAAAAAAAAAAGACGAUGGGUGGCAAGCACUUUAAUUAAAAGAAAGAGAAGAAAAAAAAAACUUAGCGGUGGUUUGCAGUCACUUUACCUCACAAGAGAAAAGAUUUGCUCGAGAUGUGUUUUUCUGAGUUCGACAUUGCCACUAACUUCUUCUUCAAAUGUGCUAAAGUUCGGCAAAUAGUCCCCCAGCUGCCUCUUUUCCUCCUUUUUUGAGUUGUCGCUGCCGACCAAACAGGACUUUGUUUGGUGGCCAUGUUGUGCUAAGCUGCUGCCAACCUUCCGAUGUUGAUUGGUCUUGAAAAGCAUUAUGCUACCUUUGUAUCCCUGACAACAUGGUGGAAAGGAAACCAGGACAUUGCUCCCUCUCCUUCCACAGAAUAUGUAAUGGAAUAUGAUACUAAAUAAUAACCACUUUUCUUUUAUAAACUGAUUUCUAAAAGUCACACUCGGUGUUUGCGUGUGUUAUUGUGUUCUCACAUGCGCUCACAUGCCACUUUGUUAGGAACAUCCUCAUUAAAUGCAUCGAUACUUUAUUGCUCUCCAAAAGAAAUUCACAUUUCAAGCAGCUCUGUAAAAGUGUCAUAAUAAACUUAAUCUCUUAAAUAUGAAACAAACAAGGCACGACAGGAGAGAUAAGAAACAUAAGAAGAUAGAAUAAGAAUAAAUAAAUGCUUAAAUAAAUAAAUACGGAACAAAUCACUUCAAAUUCAAGUGCAAAAUAAUACAUAAUAAGGUCAUAGGUCCAGUCUUUUGUGUGUAUUGAUCGUUCCCCCUCUGUUGUGUUGAGAAGUCUCACGGCAUGGGCAAGGAAUGAUCUGCACAGUCUUUCACGGGAGCUCGGCAGUGAUAGUAAUCUGCCACUGAAAAUGCUCUUCUGUCCGGAGAUGAUGCUUUGUAUUGGAUGAUGCUGGUUGUCCAUGAUGGAAAGGAGCCUCCUCGGUGUCCUUGGCUCUGCCGCAGAUGUCAGGCUGUCCAGCUCAGUGCCAAUGCCGGCGCCUGCCUUCCUCACCGGGCUGUCCAUGCAUGUGGCGUCCUUCUCCUUGAGGCUGCUCCCCAGCACACUACUGCAUACAGGAGGGCACUAGCUACCACGGACAUUUUCUUGUGUCUGUAUGACUUUAUUUUGAUAAAACUCUCACCUUUUUUCACGUUUUACUCAUAUAAACCACGACUUUUUAUUUGUGUUCAUUUUAAUGUUUUACUUGUGACAUUAAGACUUUAUUUUGCUACAAUUAUUGUUUUUUU